AGAAAAAGAAAGAAAGAAAGGGAGAAAGUAUAUUGAGGUGUGAGGUGGUUCUGGUCACUAAUCAUGGCAAGUGAUGGAACGAAAUCAAAUCCGAAAAGUAUGACAAAUGAACAAAUUUUCGAAACUUUUCAAACGUUACGAAAGGAACAAGUGCGAUUUGGUAAUAAAAUUGCGGAAUUGGAAUUCGAUCUUCACGAACACAAAAUCGUCAUUGAUACUCUGAAAGAAGUGGAUGGUGACCGAAAAUGCUUCAAUAUGGUUGGAGGUGUGCUGUAUGAAAGGACUGUAAAGGAAGUAUUGCCCAUUCUUAUAUCAAACCAAGAGCAGAUUUCAAAGUAUAUCAAAGGUUUAACAGGAGUGCUAAACAAAAAAAGCCAGGAGCUGAAUGAGUUCAAAGAGAAGUAUGAUCUUAAAAUUCGAGGACAAGAUGAGCCUUCCUCGCAUGAUGAUGAAAAUGAAGAAAAGAAGCCUCAUACCGGCAAUGUUUUGGUGGUCAAUCCAAUGUAGUUUCCUUGUCUGCCACACUGGGCUUUCUGAUCUAUUCAUCAUGUUGUGAUAAGACAAUUUACAAGAAGCUGUGUGAACUGUUUGAGUGUUAAGAAGGAAGCAGACAAAAUUUUCUUGCUACAUUAUUAACUUUCCUAUUUAAACAGAUGAUUAUUACUAAUGCAAAUCAAUAUCUUCACUAACUAGGCUAUUAGAUUUUGCUGGUGCAGAGAAUGUAGAUGUUUGGCAUAGAUACUUGUAUGUUUUAACGUUAAAAUUAGAGUGGCUUGAAUUUUGUCAGAAGUCUGGUAUAUGGGAUACGGAGAAUUUGGAUAUGUGGGCUCCUGAAGAUAACUGAAGGGAGAGGUUAAUUUAAAAGUGUGAAUCUGAGCUUUUUAUUAAGGUAAAUGGUUAAAAGCUGCUAUAAAUAUUUAUUUCUUUUUUUUUUCUGUUUGCACAUUUCCAUAAACAGCACAGUUCCUAUGAAUAAGAUAUGCUCUCGUUUUAUAAAUUGAAUAACUACUGAUUAGUGGACACAAGUUUAUGUUGCAUGUAUGGAUGAUAAGAAAGUGAACAAAAGCCAAGAAUUUUGAAUGAAAGUGGUAUAAAUAGUUUGUAUGACAAGCAGGGAACUGAAUUAUCAUAUAUGGCACUGUAAAGCACGUAGUGAGCAGAAGUUUGAUUGUAUAACAUUAAGUGGUUAUUUAUUCUUUUAGUUUUCAACUGAUUAGUCUUCUGUAUUCAGUACAUUCUAAAAUUGCAGUAUCAGAGGCUGUCAUUCAGGUACCACAAUUUAUGAGCUCAUUUGGACUCUUAGAGCCAGAACCUUUGUUUUGGAAAAUUCUUAUCAUCAGUAAGAAGAUGAAGUUUGUGUCCUUAAUUAAACAUCACGCCAUGAAGAUGAAUAGGUGAAAAUCAUUACAUGGGGGGGGGGGCAACUUACACUUUCUUGAACCAAAAUAAUAUGGUGCAAACACGCAUUGAAAACAGCAAUCAAUGAAAAGCAGGUGAACCUGUAUGUACGAAUUUUCAAGAAAUGAGCAAUUCAUAUUUACGAACAUUGCACAGACUAAUAAACCGUGACUCCAAAUUGAUUUAACGAACUCAGAACCCCACGCUUAUGAACAUUUUAACAAAUUAACACUAACAAGUUUAAUGAAAUUAAAUUAAUAAAUUCAACUUGACAAACACAUUUCAAAGAACAUAUUAU